CUUCCUCUCACUGUCUCUCUCUCUCUCUCUCUCUUACGUAUGUCUUCUUCAGCUAACUCUUUAGACUCUUCUAUAAAUCACAGCUCCAACUUCUCUUUCCCUUCAUUCAUGGCCUCUUCUAAUUUUUUGAACAGUAUGGACAAUUUUAACCAAGACAGAACGUCGAUAAACUGGGGAGGAUUUUCUAACUUUACAACUGCAAAUUCUUCUUCUUCUUCUUCAUUACCCGUCUCUCCUCCUCCUGUUUCUCCUUCUUCUUAUUUAUCAAUCCCACCUGACCUCUUGGACUCCCCUGUACUUUUCUCUAAUAUUCUUGCUUCACCAACAACAGCUGAAGCUUUUGGUGUUCAAACCUUCAACUGGAACAAUAACCAGCAGCAGAGUAACAAGGGAGAAGAGAAUAAAAAUAUUAACUUGUUUGAUUUCUCUUUUCAAACCCAAACAAGGCCUUCUUCUUCUGCAUCUUCAUCGGUGUUUCAAUCUUCUUCAAACAUUGUUUCACUGGAGGAAACAGUUAAAAGGCAACAUGAGUCAUGGAAUUUCAACAAGCCCACAAAGCAGCCUGAUUUCUUAGUUGAAAACAGAGGACUCAAGUCAGAAUUUGCACCAGUUCAGAGCUUCCCCUCAGAAAUGGCUUCAUAUCAAACAAAUGUUCAAAGUAAUAGUGCUGCUAAUCCACAAUCUGGUUACAGUCAUUACCCUCAGUAUACCAGAGAGCAAAAAAGAUCAGAAGAUGGGUACAAUUGGAGAAAAUAUGGACAAAAACAAGUCAAAGGAAGUGAAAAUCCUCGGAGUUAUUACAAAUGCACAUUUCCUGAUUGCCCAACAAAGAAAAAAGUUGAGAGAUCAUUGGAUGGACAGAUUACUGAAAUAGUAUAUAAAGGAAGUCACAACCAUCCCAAGCCUCAGCCUUCUAGAAGAUCAUCCUCUCAAUCGUUGCAACCUUCUACAUGUGCAAACUCUGAAAUAUCUGAUCAAUCAGUCAGCGCAAUGGGCAAUGCACAGACUGAGUCUUUCUCUAUGCAGGGUGAUUCUUCAGCCUCAUAUGGAGAGGAUGAUUUUGGGCAAGGAUCACCUACAAGUAAUCCUAAAGGAGACGCGGAUGAAAACGAACCCGAUGCCAAAAGAUGGAAAGGAGACAAUGAAAUUGCGGGUGCUAUUGGCACCGGAAGCAGAACUGUGAGGGAGCCAAGAAUUGUUGUUCAAACAACAAGUGAUAUUGACAUUCUUGAUGAUGGAUAUAGGUGGAGAAAAUAUGGACAAAAAGUAGUGAAGGGCAAUCCCAAUCCAAGGAGCUACUAUAAGUGUACAACUAUUGGUUGUCCGGUGAGGAAACAUGUAGAAAGAGCAUCCCAUGAUACAAGGGCUGUGAUCACCACCUAUGAAGGGAAACACAACCAUGAUGUUCCAGCAGCUCGUGGCAGCGGUUAUUCGCUGCCUAGACCUUCAUCAAAUAAUACAAGCAGCAAUGUGGCGAUGCCUAUAAGACCAUCGGUGACUGCUUUUGCCAAUCAGUCUAACCAAUCAAGUUAUUCUAACUCCUUUCACAACAUGAGGUUGCCAACAUCAGGUAGUCAAACACAGUUUACACCAGCAAUGCUACAGGGCACAGGGAGUUUUGGGUUUUCAGGAUUUGGUAAAACAGUUGGCUCCUACAUGAAUCAGACACAACAAUCAGGUGCUGUGUUUCCCAGAGCCAAAGAAGAACCCCAGGAAGACUCAUUCCUAGAUUCAUUCCUAAAUUAAAACAACUAACUCCAAAAGUGCACUUGAGCAGUAAAUGUUAUCAAUCAUAUAUGAAUUUUUUUAUUUGUAAGUGGGUAGUGGCCCUGUAAAUUCUGGAACUGGUAUAGGUGGAGUUGUAUUUGUUCAUUUGUUUACAGCCUUAUAAACUUGACAA